AUGGACUUUGGCCGUUGCUGUGAAUUCGUAGACACCGGUGAUUACUCCAUUCCGUUUCCAACUAGAGAGUCUCAUCUUAUUGAAGAGGACAGACCCGCCUGGACUCCACUGAAGCGGUGGAACCCUACACAGUUAUCCGAAAACAUUUUCCAUUCGACAUCAAUUGAUGGUUACAUAGCUCGACUGGGUGAACAAGUUGGCCGGUCAACGUGGGACGAAGAUGAUGAGCCAACUGACCCUACGGAGGAUUACACGGAGAUCCUCUUGGCCCAUGCUAGGGUGCACCGUGUUGCUCACCAAACGGAAUGGACCUCACUACGCGUCCUGUCCUUGUACCGGCUCACUCGGUUGUUGGCAAAUUUCACCAUCUCUGAAGAUCGAAGAUCGUACCGGAGGUAUUAUAUUCAGAAGCUGCUGUGUGAUUAUGCGGCGUGGAAUGUGGAGAUUCUGAUGCAUGAUGCCGGAUUUGAGGAACUCCUGGACGCUGCGCCUUCAUUGGAAAAGGUCAUCUUUCGCUUGAUGUAG